UGCUCCACAGAUCCAACCUCACACAUAAGCAUAAAAAUAAAUGAACUGCUUUUUUUUAAGGAGCUCAGCAACUUGUCCAGCAGAGCUUAAAAUGGGGAUGCUGAAGUACUUAGUAAAUCCUGGCUGGUGAUCCAUUUGGCCUCAGUCCUGCUCUACGGCUAUAAUAUAAUAAUAUCCCCCGUUGGAUGAGAGAUGGAUGCUGAAUCUCUCAUCAAACCUAGGGAUAUGAUUAUGAUUAUUAUUGUUGUUGCUGUUGUUAAAAUCAUUUUCAUCUUUGUCCAUGGCCCCUCCGCACACAAAGUCUUCAGGGAUGUGUCUUACUAAGCCAUUCUUUGCCGACCCAGCGGUUAUCGCCAGUCGGUGUAAUAAGCCGGAUCUGGGUGAAGGGAGGCAGCAGCCUAAGUUUCAGUUCAGACGCUCUGGAUUCUCUGCAGGCCUUUGGCCAGAGCACUGCAAGAGGCUUCGGACUGACACCCCUUCCUUGACAGGGGCUUCGAUAUCCACACAUUUAGCAUCUUUGCAGGAUCCCCGAAGAUGGAGAAAUGGGGACCGAAUGAGACCUUGGUCCCUGCUGGCUGAAGAUCAACCAGAGGAGAUUAAAGGGAACCUGGAUUCCCAUCAGCAGAGAGACCCAUUCUGCAAAGGCAAAUGACCAAAUCUUCCCCCCACAACCCCCAAAGGGUUAACCCCUUAGAACUGGGGGUGCCAAGCUCUGCUUCUCAUGCCUUUUUUACCCCACUGGGGGGGGAGGAAGAGAGGUGGCCAAGAGGGCCCCCACCUGGGGCUUGUGACCCAGAGUGUUGCUGGCGCUCCAAAUUGGCAGCAGCAGCAGGCUUUGGGGCUGGCCAGAGGAGGCAAGUGGGGGGGAGGCAGGCAGCAGGCCACGGUUGCUAUGGAAACCGCUCGGCUGCCCCCAUGGCCUGCUGGGAGUGCGGCUAAGCAGUGAGCAUGCCCAAGGAGGAGGAGGAGGAGGAAGAGGAGGAGGAGGAAGAGAAGGGAGGGAGGGAGGCGAGAGAGAGAGAGAGAGAGAGGCUGGCAUCAGAUGGAACCGGGCAGCCUUAGAGAGCUGGGGGGCCUGAAGGAGAAGGUGGCCCUAGAGAGCAUCCUGUGAAGCAAAGGGGCCCAGCAGCCAGGCUUCCCCCCUCCCAUUGCUUUCUUCUUGGGAGGGGGGUCCCCUCUGCCAGCCUGCAGGCUGCCAGGCUCCUGUCCAGCGAUGCCCAAAGGAGCUUUCCACUUGCUCCCUGGAGUGGUAAAACCAGCCUCAGCUGCUGCCCCCCCACCUGUCACUGCCAGCCCCGCAGCCCCCAGGUGAGACCCCUGGCAGUGCCCACCAUCUUCACCCGACUUCCCGGGAGCCGGGCAGGAAGGUCCCAAGGGCAGGAGCCCCCCGCCCCCUUAAGAAGGGAUCUGAUGGCCAGAGAUGUCUGGGGACAGCGAGGAGAUCACCCGUCUUCGCAAACCUCGUUUCUCGUACGAGGAGAACCAGAUCCUGAUCCAGGAAGUGCGAGCCAACUAUGGCAAGCUUUAUGGCACCCAAAGCCGGCGGGUGACGGUGGCUGAACGCCGGCGGGUCUGGGAGGGCAUCGCCGGCAAGAUCAACAGCAUCACCAGCUGGAAGCGCACCGGCCAGGAGGUGCAGAAACGCUGGAAUGACUUCAAGCGGCGCACCAAGGAGAAGCUGGCACGGGUGCCCCACUCCACCCAAGGGACGGGCAACGCUGGUGACGAGGCUUUCUCAGCCGAAGAGGAAACACUCUUUGCCAUCCUGGGGCCUGGUGUGAUGCCAGGUCCAGGAGGGGCAGAGUCUGGGCUCUUGCAGGGCACGUCGGGCUUUGGGCCUCCCAGUUACCAACCAGCAGCUGAGCAUGGCAUCGCCCCUACAGAUCUGCCCGCCAGGGCCAACGUCUCCAGCAGCCCAGAGACCUCUGUCCAGCCUUCGUGCUUGCUGAAACCCAAGGAAUGUGACUCGCCAGCACCCCCUCCAGGCCAACCCUCGUCACUGCAGAUUGUCCAGCUGGCUCCAUCUCCAUCCUGCCUAGGCUGCCGGCCACAUCCCGAACACUCCCCGGGAGAGUUGUUGGGCACCACUCCCUGCCCUUCGAUUUCACCCCCCUUGCGGUGCCGACGUGCCCACCUGGACCUGCCUGUCGAGCCCUCUCUGGACUUCCUUCAGGCUCAGAGGGAGACGACCACAGCCAUCCGGGAGCUGACCUACACCCUGCGGCAAGGCCUGGAACGGCUCACGGAUGUGGUGGCGGCACUGCUGCCCCUCCUUCCAGCUUUGCCAAAUGGUCUGUUGCCCCCACAUGGGGAAUACGGUCUCCCUAUGGCAGCCCCGGGCACAGAGACUGCCCCUCCUCGGGAGGGCGUGCCUGCCAAGUUGGAGCUAUCUCCAAGGCAGGAAGAGCCCGGGACUGAAAGGGGGCCAUCUACAAACCGGACCCCUCCGGCGCAGAAGCGAAGGAAGGGGACCCCAACUCGGAAACGCAGAGGGCGCUGGAAGAAUUUGUGAGCAUCAGGACAGAUGUGCUGCCCCCUCCAUCCAAAAAGGAAAGGCAGAGGGGGGGCUGCUCUCCUGGGAUGGCUGUUUCAGUCUCUCCCUCCAUCUUCCCACAGGGAGGGCAAGCUGGACCCCUCUGCACUACCCCCACUUCUGACGCCAGGCCUUGUGGUGGCCGCACCAGGGGCCACACUCCAUGCCAGUCCCUGAGGUCCCCUCUGCUGAUUUUUGUGGUCCAAGCAUAACUGCAAACAUUUAUUCCACGCCCUGUGGGCUGCCACGCACCGCUGCUCACUUCUCCAUUGGUGGAAUGUUGGUCUUCAAUUCCAAAGGGAAGGCUUGCUGGGAAAAAGUCAGAAAAAAUUAGAUAGGGCCACAUAGGACAGGCAGUCCUUGACUUACGACCAUAAUUGACCCCAAACUUUCUGUUGCUAAGUGAGACAUUUGUUAAGUGUGCUUCGCCUUGCCGUACAACCUCGCUUGCCACAGCUGCGAAGUGAGACGCUGCAGUGGUUUAAGUUAGCGAGACGGUCGUAAAGUGAAUCUGGCCUCCCCGUCGAUUUUGCUGAUCGGAAGGUCGCAAAAGGGGAUCACGUGACGCUGAGACCCUGCAAACGUCAUAAAUACGAGCCGGUUGCCAAGUGUCCAAAUUUUGAUCACGUGACCAUGGGGAUACUGCAACGGUCGUUAAGUGUCUAAAACGGUAAUCGGUCACUUUUUUCAGUGCCAUCGUCAUUUCGAACGGUCACUAAACAAAUAGUUGUAAGUCGAGGACUACCUGUAAUUUGGUCAGAUUGUUUAGUGAGACCCAGGGCUCCUGCAGUUCUGUUCCCACAAUGCAACAGUUUUGUUCCAUCCUAGCAUAUGGGGAGCUGGUCCAGGCCCCUUUAGUCUGGAAAAGAAACGUAACUUUUAGGGAAAUUUCAGGCCAGGCCGGAAGCCGGAAGAUCAUUGGAGCAUCGCAGAGAAGAAAGCAUGUGGCAGUCAAUGCCUUUGGUGACACUGGAUUCCCUCCGGUAGAAGCUCAAUAAACUAUUUUCAUACGA